AUGUCUGCGGGCAGUCACCCUUCGGCUGAGUUGACCCAUUCCGAAGCGGCGUCUGAUGCGUCUUCACGACUUUCCGGGCAAGGUUCGCCCGGCGAGGAUCAUCAGAGUCCCGUCAAAAUAAAAAGACGAAAACACCCGUAUUCAUCAGACAAUUCUUCCGCCAAAAAUCAACCUUUCUACUUUGUCGACUCCAACUCCUCGUCCCGUGAAAAGCGAGCACAUGUGAUGCGCCACCAUGUUCAGGAGAAACGCAGGCAGCGCAAGCAUUCCCAUCCCCGAAGAGACCAUGACAGAAUCAUCGGGCGUUCGCUUCACUAUUUCCCUUGGCAGCAUAAAACAUUGGAUCUAGAGGACGAGGACUUUGAUUUCAACGAGCCCGUCGGACCUCGGGAAAGCCCAGAUCGGAUCGAAUCAGUGGCGGAGGACAAGGCCUUGGUCCCCGCCGGGUUCCCAAUGCUGAAAUCCGCUUCCUUCCCCACAGAUGACCCACGUCCUGUCUCGCCCGUCAGUUUACUCGACGCCUCCAGAAAAGAUCCCUUUGACAGUUAUCCCGUUUUCUGCUCUAAAGCCGAUCUUGAAUUGGCCGACUAUUGGACUAACCGACUUACCUACUGGUCUGGUCAAAACAAAUAUGUUAAAAAUCAGAUCUUCCGCACGGCAAUGAGCCAUUCGCUAGCUUUUCAAGCGGUGAUUCUAUCAUAUUGCGCCCGCUGGAAAUUACAAUUGUAUAACUUACCGAGCAGUAAUGAAGCCGACACUCAUGUGAAACAGGUAGCAAACGACAUCGACAAGGCUUUAACGGGAUCAUUAUCCAUCAACGCAGACAGCCUUGCCAUGGCCAUGACGGGCAUGGCGCUCCAGGAAGAGCGCUUCGGCACGAAAGAAAAAGCCAGAGGAUAUGCGGACCAGGCCGUCCAAAUCCUGCGGUCCCGAGCGGGCGCCAGCAACUCCGUCGAGGUCUUCUUACACUUCGUGCGAUACCUUAUGAUCCCGCCUCCAAAUCCCUCCGGUGGCGACGAGAAUCAGCAAUGGCUCACCACGUUUCUCCGCGGCGCGGAAGAACUCAUGCUGGAGCACAGCACGAGGGCAUACCUUUCCUCCGUUCCUCAGCGCCAUUCGGCUUUUCAAAUGGAUAGCCCUCUAUUUCCUUUACUCUCCAGCGGACCGCGCCCUUCUCAGAUCCCCGAAGAUUCACGCAUGUACGUUGUCCGGAAUGCGCCCACCCAGGAACUCACCCGCACCGCGGCAUUGAUCUAUAUCACGGCAACAUUGUGGGAUUUCCAGGAUUCUCCAAGCAAGACCGGACGCUUCCUCAACCAUCUUUGCGCCAUCGCCAAAGACCACGAACUCGAUCGCCAUCCGGCCUGCGAGACGUUCAUCUGGUUGCUACUAGAGGAGAGCUAUGAUGUGGACCUGAAAGAUCCGGAGCGAGGCUGGUCCACCGGGGAGUUGUUGAAGAUGCACAAGCACCUGCGACCGGAUCUACAGUUCCAAUUCAACGAAAUUCUCUUUAGCUUGCUAAUGCUACUGCCUCCCAUCCGAGGCAUCGACACAUUCGAGGAGGAAGUAUGUUCGGCAUCCGACACGUCCGACAUCUAA